UAAUAUUAAAAUACGUAAUGAAAUCAUGUUUUUAACUCUAUGUUUAAUGUCAAACAAAUGCAAAUGAACGAAAAUUUCUUCAAACAUCCACAAAGCGACACAGUGACGAGGAAACUCUCACGUCCAAAAUAAAUUUAAGAUGUCACUCUUCUAAAUCAAUAUUAACACAACAUAUAGUUUAAUAGGUCAUUUCCCCCUAGACAGUUUUUCUUUCUGAUACAUUUUAAAAUAUGACUCAAACGUAAUUCAUCAUUUCGUUUUCACUCGGCAUGAUUAAGGAGACGGAUGGACAAUUAGCACCUUGUUACGCACGUUACUUUCUUUAUUGCUUCACUCUUUGUUGUUUGCAGACGGUUUGUUCUAGUAAAAUGUGCUGAAUAAUUUCGCAUUUGUUUGAUAUGAAAAUUGUCCCAGUUCAUCCUUCAAACAAGACUAAAUUCAACUUCGGUUACAAUCAACGAAUUAAUGGAACUAAGUCAGUAAGAUACGAGGGAGCAAUUUAAUCGUUUAACAUGUUAAAUCACUCGUGGGUGGCAUUAUCUGCAGACUAGAAAAUGUGGGAAAACGGCAGUAAAUGUCGUGAUGUCCUGCAAGAAGCUCCUGCUGUUUAUUCUCGUCGUUCACAUCGAUUGCAUCAGCACAGUGGUGCUGCACAAUGAAACCUUUGAGGAGGGACGCAAGAAGAAGGACAAGUAUCUGCUUCCGGUUAUUUUGGGCGGGUUUAUUAUCAAGGCGGUCAUAUUUCCGCUGGCGUUCAAAGUUAUGGCGGUCAUGACCAGUGUUUCGGUGCUGUUGAGCCUGAUGAGUUUGAUUUUGUCUUCGAUAGUGGGUUAUGUUAAAGUGGCGUUGAAGCAUCAAUCUCCGGUUGUUAAAGUUAUACAUCUGAAUGAUCAAUGGACUAAGGAUGAUUACAGGGAUUUGGAGGAGUAUCCGUAUUAUCAUUCAGAUACUUUGAUUGAUUGAUUGAUUGAAUAGUUUAUUGAUUGUUCAUGUAUUAGUAGUUACAAAAUUCAAUGUCACUAUUCUAAAUAUAAUUAUUAAACAAACAGUGUAAAAGUUUUAAUAAUCUUUUAUUUGACAGUUGUUUUUAGUGAUGACGAUUUCUUCUAUUUGUAUAAUG